AUAUACUAUAGAAAAGAUGGCUGCUACCGCAAGACAGGAACGAGAAUUGAAAGAAAAGUAUCAAAAACAGUUAAAUAAAGGCUCUUUAUCGCCGCUAGAAAUGCUUAGAGCCUAUGCUCUUUCUCAAGGUGUAAGAGGUAUUAAAACACUAGCUACAUGCUUUAAAAGAAUAGACAAAAAUGGAGAUAGACGAUUAGACUUUAGAGAAUUUCAACAAGGCCUAAGACAGGAUGGAAUUAUUGUAGAAGAGAGUAUAGAAAGAGAAUGUUUUGAUGAAAUAGAUACAGAUAAAACUGGUGAAUUGAGUUUUGAUGAAUUUCUUGUGGCCUUAAGGCCUCCAAUGUCUAAUAGUAGAUUGAAAUUAAUCAAUAUGGCUUUUAAUAAAUUCGAUAAGAAUGGAGAUGGAGUGGUUGAUUUUACCGAUUUGAAAGGCGUUUAUAGUGCCAGAAUGCACCCAAAGUAUAGAAGCGGAGAAUGGAGCGAAGAGAGAGUUUUCCAAGAAUUCCUCAAUUCUUUUAACGGACCUCUAAAAAAUGAUGGAGUUGUAACCAGAGAAGACUUUGAUAAUUAUUAUGCUGGUGUUAGUGCGUCAAUUGAUAGCGACGUUUAUUUCGAUUUAAUGAUGAGACAAGCUUGGAAACUAUAG